ACUUCAAACAUUGGAAUCUCCGUUAUUUCUCCCACCAUCUCUGCAACGGCCAAACAAAGGCACACUCUCGUCUCCUACCUCGUAACUCUCGCCCCGGCGCAGUUUCACCCAUAAAUGCCAAGUUGUCUGUGUCUCUCAGACUCAUAGAUUACCCAUAUUCAGAACUAGGCCUCGUUAACAAUGGCUGCGUCAGCUUUCUCCAAUUCUCUUCUCUUAUCUGCUUCUCCAAGUUCCCACUCGUCGCUCUCUCAUCGACCCUGCAGCAUUUUGCCUCCGCAACGAUCACAAAUCUCUCUUGGUGGUUUCAGAUCUCAUCCUAGAGCGACCCAAUUGAAGAAGAAGAAGAAUCCAAGCCUUUUCACUACCCAUUGUUCUCUGGACGCUGCAAAAGAACCAAAGGAAGACACCCCUAUCGAAUCAAGAUUUCCAGCAUUUCCUACGGUGAUGGAUAUCAACCAGAUUCGUGAAAUUCUGCCUCACCGGUUUCCCUUUCUUUUAGUGGAUAGAGUGAUUGAAUACAAUCCUGGAGUUUCAGCUGUUGCCAUCAAGAAUGUAACAAUAAAUGACAACUUCUUUCCUGGCCAUUUUCCUGAAAGGCCAAUAAUGCCUGGUGUUCUCAUGGUGGAGGCAAUGGCACAGGUUGGUGGCUUGGUUAUGCUGCAACCAGAAGUUGGAGGUUCUCGCGAGAAUUUCUUCUUUGCCGGAAUUGACAAAGUGCGAUUCCGGAAACCAGUGAUCGCCGGUGACACCUUAGUUAUGAGAAUGACACUUAUCAAGCUGCAGAAACGCUUUGGAAUUGCAAAGAUGGAAGGGAAGGCAUAUGUUGGAGGUGAAGUUGUAUGUGAGGGCGAGUUUUUGAUGGCUACAGGCAGUGGAUGAUUUGCACCCUUUUUUCACCAAGAAUUCUUGUUGAUCUCAGGCAGUUUCCAUUAACCCAGCUGCAGUUGUCUUUUUAAUCCAACUUUUUUUUUUUUGGUAUUGAUUGAAUCCAACCCUUCUUGGUCCCCAUUUGAUUUCAUGUUUCUCAUGAGAAUAUCAGUUUCUCUGGAAAGUUCAUCACAAUUCACAAACCAUUGACUUCUUGACAGACUUCAACCUUUUCUUUUCAGUGCCCUCAAAUUUGUGAUUGAUGGUAAAAGGGUAGGAUGGGGAUCUUGCCUAGCAAACAAGACAACAAAGCUUGCUAUUAUUUAUUUAAAAGUUCGUCUUUCAUCUUU